AUGCUUCGAACUUUACCAUCAACAACAGUUGCAGAGCUGUUAAAAAAUGAGGAAGAAAUUGUUGGGUUAGCAGAAAGUAGUUUAGAUCAUUUAAUAAAUAUUUUUCAUAAAUAUUUAAGAUCUGAUCACAAUAUGAUCAAACCAAUUAAUUCUGAAGCAGUGAUAGAAGAAAAUUCUGGUAGUGAUUUUAAUAAUUUUGGUAAAGAUUUCAACAAAGAUAGUAGCAGUCAAAUUAGUCAACAAACAUCUAAUCAAAACAUAAAUGCUGAGGAUUCCCCUGUAGAAAAAGAAUUAGAUCUGUCUGGGAUUUUAAUCUUUGUCAACAAAAUUGUAAAAAUUAUAACAUUGGCAUGUAAUAUUAUUAAGAAAAAAUACUAUGGGUUACCAGAAUUAGGAUUUGUUAGAUCAAAUAUUUUAUUUCUAUUUAGUUCUCAACUGGUAAGCACAGCUCCGGACAAAGCACAUGAACUUCCUGACAAGCUUGACAAUGAAGUUUCUCAAAACCCCCUCAACCAAGAAACUAACAAUGGGAUGUAUUUGGUACAUGAAAGUGUUAAUGUUGACAAAAAUCAUUUUGGUAUUGUUGGAGUGCAUGAAAUGCAUCUGAAUGUUCUUGUCAGAGAUAAGGUUAAGGUUCAUCAAUAUUACCACCUACAAUCUGCUGUGAUUCCUGUACAAUUAUUGACAUGA